UUGUGCUGAAAAUCCGUUGUUGUUCACUCCUUUUGCCGCAGAACAGCCUUUCUCUUUCAUUUAUCGUCAAUACUUUGAUUCCUGAAAACCCAAUGAAGACCCUAUUCGGUCAAAGAACAUGGGAAAACUUCAUCAAAGUUGGAGAAAUUGACGAAGUUGAUGUUUUACCAAAACCAGUGGAAAAGCUUGUGUUGGAGAUUGAGAAGACGUUGGCACUGGAAGGUGAACUAGCUUGCAUAAAGCAAUUAGCAAAGUUGAAAGCUGAACUUGUUGAUGAUUCCAUUGACUCCCUUGCGAUUCAAGUCAUUGAUGUCUAUGAAUUCAUUGUCCGCCACAUCAAAAAAUGGAAAAUCGUGCAACGUAAUCAAAUCACUGAAAUGUAUUAUUUGCAAGUAUUUCAUCAAGUCAUCAGCAUUUUACUACGAGACACGAAUCUUGUGCCCGUAAUUGGUGAGAAAGCAAGCAAAGUGACCAAGGCUGCUCGUGAAUUACAUGGCAAAUUCUUGGAUGAUUGUCAUAAGCUAAACAUCUAUGGACGAAAGGUUGAUUUGCUUCUAUCUGUUUGCGACAUCGAACUAGGCGCGAACGAAUGGAAAACAUCAUCUUCUGAGAUCACCUUGAUCCGACAACAAUCUAAAAACGUUCGCGUAAACAAAUGCAUUCUUGAGGAGCUGACGAAAAAUUUAUCUGAAAACGGCGUUAAUGUCGACGACUGUCAUUUACUAUGCAUGGAUUGGAAUGAAUUCAAUGGAUAUAUGUAUAUCAUUAAGAACGUUGAUGAUAUAACAGUGGCUUCUUUGGUCCGGCAACUUAUGAUACCUACCCAUUUCAAAGAGGUGCCUUGGUUCAGAGAAACGCUGGCGUGUCUACUACACUAUAAGAAACACUAUUCGAAUUUGGCAAGCAAGUUGGAAGAUGCCAUGCUCAUCCAAGAUCGACGACUGGCAUUUCACAAUAUUGUCGAGAGUUUGUCUAUUCCUUCUGUUCGCACCCCAUCUCCAUCUGUAUAUCUUUCACCGAAGAGGGGCAAAUAAUCGGUCAAUCCACCAUCAUCAACAAGCACUAUGUCAUGCUUCGUAUUAAGGACAACGCUAAAAAAAAUUAUAUGUACACUAUGAGAGAGCUGAAUUCGAUAAAGUAAAGAACAGA